AUGCAUCAUGUUGUGACUCAGAAUCAGUCCAGUCACGUCAAAAUCCACUGUGACACGACCUCUCCUGGCCCAGUCACCUGGAAGUUUAAUGGUGCUGACCUGGAGCAGGUGGAUUUUGCCUACCAUCAAGAGCAACUGGAUCUGAUGGUGGAGGAUGUAGACCAGCCCAUGUUGGGUGAAUACAGUUGCUGGAGGAAUGGAGUUGAGCUGUCAUCCACUCACCUGCUGGAGGAGAAUGUAGUGAAUGACGAGCACUUUAAGUCUUUCCUGAGAUGUUGGGCAAAAUCUUAUGACUGCCACUUCAGCUGUGAAUGGAACCACUCUGUGUACUCCACUGUGCGUCUCGGACUCGGCUCAAACUGCUCUCAGGGUUUGACCUCCUGUCAGUGGGUGCAGAGCUCACAUAGGACUCUCAAAGGAAAGCUUCACUUUGACGUCGCACACCAUCUCACUCCUUUUGCCGAGGAAACCGACGUGCUCACUCUCACUGUCGAGGCCUUCGCUGACCACUACUCCAUCCUGAGGAGGACGAGGCAUUUUUUCCUCAGAGAUAUCAUUCAACCUGACAGCCCUGACAUUGUCAAAUGUGAGGAGGAAGGGAUAGCUCUGAAUGUGACCAUCGAACCUCCUUCUAGCUGGUCCAGACCUCACAGCUUCUUUCAGCUCGAGCAUGAGAUCGAAUACGUGUCCAGGGACAACGGCGAGCAUGGCACAACCACGUCAAUUCUGAUACCACAGGGAGUCAGCAGACUGAGGGUCCGAUCCAGAGACCCGCUAGUGAUGUCACGCUGGAGUCAUUGGAGCAAAUGGAAAAACGUAACUGAUGCGCUGUCAUGUGUCUGA